CACCUGAGUUGGCUGUUUGUUACCCAGGCAACAAUCGGAAAACAUAUGAGGCAACUACUCGAUUGAUUUUGCCAUAUUUGAAAACAACUGGAGCAGCAUGGACGACUUGAAAAUAACGCAGGAGGAUCUGCGACGGUUGCGGGAGAGCUGUCUACAGGGAAUUCGCGAGAGUGAACUCUACCAGCUGCGGAACGACGCCAAGCUUCGGGCUGUCCAUAGCACACAGAGCUACGAGGAGUUCAAGGACAUUGUAGAUGCAGCUCAUCUGCGUCCCGUCACCAAGGCGGACAAGGACAAUGCACAGACGAAGAGUCGCCUGUGGAACUCUGCCACACGUGAAUGAAACCUAUGAUCCUUAAUAAAUACAUUUGCACAGAGUAA